AUGCCUUCAAUGUGGCUGUCGGACGCCCAAAAAAUCGGAGUGGCAUUCUGCUCCGGCGGCGGCUUCUUCCUGAUAGGAGGAGUGAUGCUCUUCUUUGACAGGGCUAUGCUCGCGAUGGGAAACAUCCUCUUCCUGAUCGGACUUACCAUAAUAAUCGGGCCGCAGAAGACACUUCUCUUCUUUGCGAGGAAGCAAAAGGCAAAAGGCACGGCGGCGUUCUUCGCUGGGCUGGCUCUGAUAUUGCUGCGGUGGCCUUUGAUCGGAUUCUGCGUCGAGCUGUACGGUAUUAUGGUGCUGUUUGGCGAUUUCUUCGGUACUAUAGCUGCCUUCGCGAGGAGUGCACCCGUCGUUGGGCCGUAUAUUGGAGUCGUGAUAGAUCGGCUCGGGAUGGGUGGCAGGAGAAACGCGGAAUUGCCGGUCUGA